GCCACUCGAAAAGUUGUCCGGUCGGAAAUCGGGAAACUAUUAAGCGUCUUGUUGAUCAUGUUGAGGGACGAAGCCACCGCAUCGACCAGCGGAUGUUCACGGGAGGUGGGCGGUGCUCAAUUGACACCAGGCAUCCCACAGCCCACUUCAGGAGCCUCGCCCUCCCAUCGCUUAAACCCCAACGCACCUGUAUUUGUGCCGGACUUCCAGACAAGGCAAGUAGCCAAGAAGCUAUUCGAUGACUUAUCACCCUACACCCGCUGGAGCACAGCUUCGUCUGAUGAAACCUCCUAUGGACCCCGCUACGAGUCCAUUUGGCGAGAGGUCACUUUCCAGGAUCACCAGCGUCUGCCCAACCCACGCUUUGAUUAUAGUCUGAAUCCUUCCGAGAAUGAGGUCGGUGAACUGGAGUUUGAUGAAGUCCAGGCCAUGAAUAUAGGAGCCGAGUCCUAUGAUCCCCCAGCACGUUGCUCUGUAAUAACGAUGUCUCUGGAUGCCAACGAUAUUGUAGGUGAUCUACAAUCUCCAAUGGAGGAAUCUUUGGACGAGGGGAAAAGUAAUGGCUUUCAGAUCCGUCGCUCCUUCAAACCUAACAGAAGAUGCUGUCUGCUCAUGUAGGCACCAAGAUCUAGCGGAUUUCAUUCAUAUUCCAUUUAUAGUUUGAAACUUUUAUUCCGAAUUAAAAUCU